ACAUUUUGUUCUUCCUCCAUUAAUUUCUUGCUUUGCCAGCUUUUACUAGAAAAAUGCAUUGCCAGACAUAUUCACGGGGGAGUUACGUUCAGACCACCAGGACUACUUCCGGGGACCCGCUGGAGAGGAUAGAGAGGUUGGCGUCAGAGAAUGCGGUGGUUAUCUUUAGUGUUAGCAGUUGCUGCAUGUGCCAUGUCAUUAAGAGGCUAUUUUGUGGGAUGGGAGUUAACCCGACUGUGUAUGAGCUGGAUGAAGAUCCACGGGGGAAAGAUAUUGAGAAGGCUUUGAUGAGGCUGCUGGGAAGCUCUCCUGCUGUUCCGGUUGUGUUCAUUGGUGGGAAACUCGUGGGUGCAAUGGAUAGAGUCAUGGCCUCUCAUAUCAAUGGCACUCUUGUUCCUCUUCUCAAACAAGCUAGUGCCCUAUGGCUUUGACUAUCUUUGGCUCCUCCCCCUAUAAAAAAAAGAGAGAGAGUGAUGAUAUAGGAAAGCAUGGUAGAGGAAGAGGAGUAGUAGUUUUGGAGUCUAUUGCA